AUGGCCGCGGCCGCGACGUCGUCCACCACACCCGCGGCAACCACUUCCACCGCCAACAACACAACCACCGCCUGCUGCUCAUCGUCGUCCUCCUCGUCGUCGUCGUCCUCCGCCACCAGCCCCGGCCCGCACCGCAGGCGCCUCAACGACAUCGAGCGCGGCGACGACUGCUGCUGCGGGGGCGGCGACCCCUUCCUCGCCCUCGAGGACGGCGAGGGCGCCCACGGCCACGGCGUCCCCUUGCUGGCCGCCGGCGCGGCCUGCGGCGGGAGGGCGUCGCUGUUGGCGCGGAGGAGGCGCGCCGCGGGGCACGCCUGGAUGAGGGCCGCCGUGCUCUGCCUGCUCGGCCUCGUCGCGGUCGUCGGCUUCCUGGGCUCCCAGUCGCAAGGCGGCCGGGGAGGAGCCGGCGGCGGCGGCGGCGCCGCGGCCGGCGCCGACGGCGAGGAGGGCGGCAGGCUCGUGCAGAGGGUGGAGGUGGCCGACGCCGACGUGAUGGGGUGGACGGAGGAGAACCUGACGGCACUCACCCGCCGCCCGCCCGAUCCUCCGACACCGGAGAUAUGGAUGAAGCCAGACAGCGGGGGUUACAGCCAGUGCAUCGCACGCCCAAAGAAUCAGCGCAGGACUGACAAUGCGACUGUCGGCUAUCUGAUUGUCGACGCAAACGGCGGGCUAAACCAGAUGAGGAUGGGGAUCAGUGAUAUGGUUGCAGUGGCAAAGAUCAUGAAUGCGUCACUGGUAAUCCCCACUCUGGAUCAUCAGUCGUUCUGGACUGAUGCAAGUGACUUCAAAGAUAUAUUCGACGUGGAUCACUUCAAGGAAACAUUGAAGGAGGACAUUGUGGUUGUAGAUUCCCUACCACCAGCUUAUAGGAGGGUGAAGCCCUACGCGAGAGCGCCCACAUCCUGGUCCAGGGCUUCCUUUUACAGAGAUUUCUCAAAGAUACUGAAGAAGUACAAAGUAGUGAGAUUUACCCAUACGGAUUCACGGAUUGUCAACAACGGCCUCGCUCCUUCUCUCCAAAGGCUUCGAUGCCGUGCAAACUACAAAGCGCUUCAGUACAGGAAAGAGAUUGAAGAACUUGGUACUACCCUAGUUGAGAGACUGAAAAGGGGAUCAGACCAUUACAUCGCACUUCACUUAAGAUACGAGAAGGACAUGCUGGCUUUCACUGGCUGCAACCACAACCUGACACUUCAUGAGGCAGACGAGCUGACUGAUAUGCGACUCAAAGUGAGACACUGGAAGGAGAAGGAGAUCAACAGCGGGGAGAAGCGGCUCCAGGGUGGGUGUCCCAUGACGCCUCGCGAAGCUGCUGUGUUCCUCAAAGCCAUGGGAUAUCCUUCCAGCACUAAAAUUUACAUUGUGGCUGGUGAAAUUUACGGGGCACACAGCAUGGAUGCGCUGAAAGCAGAAUACCCAAACAUUUACACGCACUACAGUCUAGCCACAGUAGAUGAACUAGAGCCGCUCGAGUUGUACCAGAACAGGCUAGCUGCUGUGGACUAUAUCGUGGCCCUGCAGAGCGAUGUCUUUGUGUAUACCUACGACGGAAAUAUGGCCAGGGCAGUUCAGGGUCACCGAAGAUUCGAAGGUUUCAGAAAAACUAUAAACCCCGACAGGCUGAAGUUUGUAGAGCUCAUUGACAAACUCGACGACGGUUCCAUGCCCUGGGAUGAAUUCCAAAGUGAAGUGAGGAAGCAUCAUGAGGAUAGACUUGGAGGUCCGUAUGACAGAUUACCUGGUGAGAGUCCAAGGCAGGAGGAAUACUUCUACUCAAACCCUAUCCCUGGAUGCCUGUGCAAAAAGGUGCAGAGAGUAAAGUGAAGCAGGCUUGUCUCAAAGGGAAAUGGUUCGGUCUUCAGAGACGCUGCUGCCGGCUUGGCAGCAGGUGUAACACGGAUGGAGAUGACACUUCCUCCACAUGACAGGGGUGGCCGAAUAGAGAGGAUCCUAGUUAACUGACAGAGACCAGCCAUUUUGAUUUUGAUUAUUUCCUAGGCUGACUACACAUGUAGUUGAGGGCAUGGGGCCAAGAAUUGCAUUGUUGAGAGGAAACUUUUUCUACUGGAAAGAUGGAACGAGCACAGAGAUGUCGAAGUACUUGAAGGAUCAUACCAGCAAUUAUACAGGAGCAGCUAAAGUGAAAACACGUUAGGUCGAGGUCAUACACUCUCCUCAUGCUCGUGAUGCUUCCAAUUCGUUGUAGCAGUGACAUUAAACACUGGGUGGGUUAGUAAGAAUAAUGAUGUAUCAUGCUAUGUUUUUCGGCUGUAGAAAUCUGCUACCAGUCUAGACUGACAAUUGUCAAAAUACUUCUUAGUGUAGUUCAGAGCAAUAAAUUUUUUGUAAAUUUUA